AUGCCUUUCUUGGAUGUGCAGAAAAAGCCGGGCAUUAGCCUCGAUCACCACUUUGUAUUCCAAAGUGUUGAGCAGCCCUUCAAGAUUCCCUCCCAAUGCCAUGCUUUCGAAAAAGAGUGGAUAGAGUGUGCACAUGGCAUCGGUGCUACCCAGGCUAAAAAAGAGUGCAAGAUAGAAUUUGAAGAUUUCAAGGAAUGUUAUCUUUGGUAUAAAACGAUGAAGCGCCUGGGUAAAAUCAAAGCUAUUUAAUUAAAAUAAAAGCUAAUUAAAGAGGGGAAAUACACCCCUCCGCCUCACCACAGGGGCCAGGAGGAACCCAGGCCCUGAGCAGAGCAGGUGGACGCUGCUUUUCAUGCUGCUUUCUGCUGGGAGAAAGUCUGAUGAAAACUGCUUCAUUGAGUACAUAAAAAUAAAGAAUUAGUCAACCUCAAAAAAAAAAAAAGAAAUGAACACUUAGGUUUCUUUUAUUUUUUUUUAAGGUUCAAUAUAACUACAUCAUUUCUCCUUCCCUUUUCUCUCUUAAACCCUCCUAGCUUUCCUUCAAAUUCAUAGCCUCUUUUUCUCAUCAGUUGUUACACACAUAUUCCUAAAUGUAUAUCAUUAUUGGUAUGUGUAUUUUCAAGGUUGUACAUUUGGUAUUGGAUAACCAAUUGAUGUAUCCUCCCUGGAGAAGACUGUUUUUCCCACUCUCUUAAUUGACUAUAGUUCUUUGUGUAGGGUUGAGGUCUCUUGGGCUUUCCCCCAAUCCCAUGAGUGUUGAAAUAGGUGCGGUGGGGCUACGUCCCCAGCACCCUGGCCGCCUGCUAGCUCAUGCCCAAAAUAACAACACACAAACUGUAU